AGACAACACUAGCAGAAGAUCAGCUGGUCCGGCAACACAAUAUAGUGGAUCAAUUAUACCAAAUGUUUCACUGUUUUAUAGUACAGAAUGUAUAAAUUAAUGAAAGGAAGGUUUGGAUAUGCAGUUCGAGUAGUGGGGGUGAGUCAAUCAAGGUGGGCUAGACAGAAGUUAUGUCAUCAGAAUGAGCGAGACCAAGUCAGAACAGUGUUUGUACCAGUAUUACGUCACUACUCGUCACUAUUACCUGCACGAGGAAAUCUACUCACACUUCCGGGUCCAAAUUAUGGCGUACCUUCUCGGGGAAUAGGAAUGCUUAUAGCCAGGGUGCUUCGUGGAGCUCUCAAAAUACGCUACCUUGUGCUUGGUGGAAGUCUCGCAGGUGGCAGUGCUUUAGCAAAGACAUACGAACAAUGGAAAGAAGCUCUGCCAGACACAAAAUUUCUGGAAUCUAUCAUGCCAUCACAAGAAGAAUUGGAUGCUGUUAGGAGUACUCUCAUAUCAUACAGAGACAAGAUCAAGAAUGCUGUUCCAGAGUUUACCCUUGACCCUAAACUGAAAGAACUCGGUGAAUCUCGUUAUGACCAGUUAAUGUUGUGGUUUAAAGAACGUCUGGAUGAUGCAAUCAGGGCUGCUGAGGAAGAGAAGGCAGACAGUGCUGGCAUCUUCUCCGAUGGCGAGAUCCUAACCCUGUCCGGGGUGGCAAAAUUUCCCACACCAUUGGUGAAAGACUUCUCCUCAGACCUGAAACAACAUGCCAUUUCUUUUUCUGCGAUGGGAUCUGCAGCAGAACGAGAACGGGAAAAAGCAGAACUUCUUCGCUUGAGACUGUCUCAAAUUGAAGUGGAACUGCAGGAAAAGACUGAAAAUUUGACCAAAGAACUUUCCAAUCUUACUCGUGAGAAUGCUGAUCUCAAACAGAAAAUUGAAGCCAAUGCUGAUGUUGAAAAAGACCUGCAGCAAAGGAAAGUUCUACUUGAAAGUGAAUUGGCAAAACUUCUCAAAGAAAAUUCAGAUGUACAAUCAACAUUAGUACAACAGGAAACAAUUAGUGAAAAAUACGAGGGUCUGCAAGAGGAACUAAUGCAGGUGCAGCUGAAGUACCAGAAGGAGGUGGAACGCCUUGAAAAAGAGAACAAGGAGCUGCGCAAGUCACUCAUGCUGAAGGCUGGAGACACCGCAGCACGUAAAAAGAUAAAAAAGUCUCUUAUUGACAUGUAUAGUGAGGUGUUAGAUGAGUUGUGUGACUAUGACAGCAGUUAUGACACACAAGAUCAUCUGCCUAGGGUGGUGGUUGUGGGGGACCAGAGCUCUGGCAAGACCUCUGUUCUGGAAAUGGUAGCCCAAGCAAGAAUAUUCCCUCGAGGUGCUGGGGAGAUGAUGACUCGAGCGCCGGUCAUGGUGACUUUAAGCGAGGGACCAUACCACAUCGCCUCUUUCAAGGACUCUACUCGGGAGUUUGAUCUCACAAAAGAAUCGGAACUGGCAGAAUUACGAAAGGAGGUUGAAUUGAGGAUGCGUAAUAGUGUAAGAUCAGGACGAACAGUCAGCCAUGAGGUAAUAUCCAUGACUGUAAAGGGCCCAGGGCUUCAACGGAUGGUCCUUGUUGAUCUUCCUGGGAUUAUCAGUACGGUAACAACGGACAUGGCAACAGACACCAGGGAAGCCAUCCGUUCAAUAUCACAACAGUAUAUGUCCAACCCCAACGCCAUCAUAUUGUGCAUUCAAGAUGGGUCUGUGGAUGCUGAGCGUUCCAACGUCACAGAUCUUGUCAGCCAGAUGGAUCCUCAGGGCAAGAGAACCAUUUUUGUGCUGACAAAGGUUGAUCUUGCUGAAGAGAAUCUUACCAAUCCAGACAGAAUAAGAAAGAUUCUCUCGGGUAAACUAUUUCCAAUGCGAGCACUGGGGUACUUUGCUGUGGUCACAGGCAGAGGCAAUAAGGAGGACUCAAUACAAGCUAUUAAAGAUUAUGAGGAAUCCUUCUUUAGGAGCUCCAGAAUUUUUAAAGGUGGUGUGAUCAACAGUCACCAGUGCACAACAAGGAACUUGAGUUUUGCAGUCUCAGAAUGUUUCUGGAAGAUGGUACGAGACACAGUCGAGCAACAGGCAGAUGCUUUUAAAGCCACACGCUUUAACCUUGAAACAGAAUGGAAGAACAAUUUUCCAAGAACUCGGGAGUUGGAUCGUGAUGAAUUAUUUGAAAAGGCACGAGGUGACAUAUUGGAUGAGGUGGUAAACCUGUCACAAGUUUCGCCUAAACAGUGGGAAGAAGCCCUCUCUAAAAAACUCUGGGAUAAGAUGGUUACCUAUAUAUUUGAAAAUAUCUAUUUGCCAGCUGCCCAGACUGAUAAUUCAGGUACCUUUAAUACCACAGCUGACAUUAAACUAAAACAGUGGGCAGACCAAAUGUUACCUAAAAAGUGUGUGGAGGUGGGCUGGGAGACACUAGAAGAUGAGUUCAGGAAGUUCAUGGAACAUGCCAAGAACUCCAAAGACCAUGACACUAUCUUUGACAACCUCAAGGCCUGUGUUGUUGAUGAAGCCAUGAGAAGGCAUGUGUGGGAGGAUAAGGCUGCAGACGUACUGCGUGUUAUACAGCUUAACGCCCUGGAGGAUCGUUCAGUCAAUGAAAAACAGCAGUGGGAUGCAGCGUGCAAAUUCCUUGAGGAUUCAGUCAAGGAAAAACUUCAGACCACAGAGGGGACCCUAAGAGAGAUGGUGGGUCCAAGCACCAAGGAGCAGUGGAUGUACUGGUAUUAUCCAACUGAAGAUCAGAAGAAGAGAUCCACUGUGAAGAACGAGCUGGAAAAACUUCUUGUGUCUGAAUAUGCACAUAAGAAUACACUCAGCUAUGAUGAAGUAACUACAGUACGAAAAAAUGCCCAAGGUCAAGGUAUUGAUGUGGAUAAUGAAUUUGUACGGGAAACAUGGCAUCCAGUUUACCGAAGACAUUUUCUACGGCGUGCACUGUCAAAAGCUUAUGACUGCCGAAAAUCUUUCUAUGCCUACCAUCAAGGACUUGAAGGAGAACUUGGGGUGGAAUGUAAUGAUGUAGUACUUUUCUGGAGGAUUCAGCAGAUGUUCAAAAUCACAUCCAAUGCACUGCGGCAACAGGUCAUGAAUCGAGAAGCAAGGAGACUUGAAAAGGAAAUUAAGGAAGUUUUAGAAGAGUAUGGGUAUGACCAGGAUAAGAAGGAGAAAUUACUCACUGGUCGACGUGUCAUGCUAGCAGAAGAACUGAAGAGAGUGAGACAAAUUCAGGAGAAGCUUGAGGAAUUCAUCCAUUCAUUAAAUGCCGAGAAGUAAUGUGAUUUUCUUAGAAGUAUAAUAGCAUAGCUUAUGUACACUCGCAACAAAAAGUAUCGGUGCAUACUGUAGUGUUAACAAUUUGAGACCAGUGACGAUAGGUAUUGGGAAAGGCGAGUUGUUCCAGCCGUAUGUUGGCAGCCCU